AUGUUUGGAAAUGCAACGCCAGAAAAAGCGAUCGCGUUUACCCAAUUUAUCGUGAGUCUAUCCUGCUGUUGGCCACUUCCAUCGACAGCCACCAAACUCCAAACGCGUUGUUUCAAAAUCUUAAGAUCAUUGUUAUUUCUCAAUUCACUUCUACUUUUCUUUCCUUUGUUGUAUUCCGUGUACGUGAAUCGAAACGACAAUGUGAUAUUCUGUAAAGCAAUGUCUUUGUUACUCGCCGUUAUACAAGUGCCCUUACAUUCGUCUUUUUGUAUCACUCAGUAUGAUCGAUUUCAGCGAUUGAUCGAAGAGAUGAAGUUUUGCUGCGAGAAUGCAAACUCGUACGAGAGGCAAGUUUUUCAAGGAUACGCGAAGACCUAUGCCAUUUUCUAUGGUGUUUCCGCAAUUUGGUUUUAUUGGUGCGCUCUUAUCGUUGUUGUGGGGACACUCUUCAUAUCCGAUCCGUUCCCAACUAACGCGGAAUAUCCAUUUUCCGUUCACUUCGAGCCCGUGAGAAGCAUAGUUUUUGUGCAACAAGCGCUCGUUGGUUUUCAAUGCUCCGCGCAUUUGUGCAUCAAUAUAUUUUGCGCGUUGCUGUUACUGUUCGCCGCUGCCCGCUUUGAAAUUUUGAUGAACGAACUCCGCGCUGUUGAAAAUAUCGAAUCGCUGAUAAAAUGCAUAGAAAAAUAUUACGCCAUCAGAAGAUACGCAGAAGAAGUGGUAAGCUCGGCUCGAUACACAACUCUAAUUACGUUAAGCAUCUGUGGCGUCGAAAGUGUUUUUGGUGGUAUCAUUAUUAUUGGGCGGCAACCGUUUACCGUGAAAUUUCAAUUUCUUACCGUGUCUGCAACUACUCUAUUUGCAGUAUUUAUGUGCGCGUGGCCAGCCGAUUAUUUAAUGGAUGUAGUAAGUUUUAAUCGACUGUUGUUGCAAAAAAAAAAAGAAAUUAAACAUAUCUCUAUCCCCCAGAGUGAAAAUACGAUGCGGACGGUUUACGAAUCGAAAUGGUAUAAACGAUCUUUGAAAAUACAAAAAUUCGUAUUGCUUACGACGGUUCCACAAACUCCAGUGAUCUUAAGAAUCAGGUUCAUCAUUCCAGCUUUCUCGCUCAAUUACUAUUGCUCGUUCAUCACGAACGUGUUUUCUAUGUUUACCGCGCUACGAGUCCUGAUGUAUAAAGAUGAAAAUUAAGUAUUUAAAUUGACGAUUCUUUAUAAUUAUAUUAACUCUAUAGUAAUAUAAUAAUACAUUUGUUGAUAAAAUACAUUCGAUUGAAUAAAUUAAAAAUAAUUCGAGGAGAGAAGAAAUAAUUUAAUGGACAGAUAACGAUAUUUUAUUAUUUUUUCUCCAUGUAAUCAAUAUUGAAUAAAAGUGAGUGACAAAUUACAACUAUUGUUACUUACUCUAAAUUAUGUAUCGCUGUAUCUGAGGUACUUAACUUAAUCAACAAGAAAUGAAAUAUAUUUCUACCUACACCGCUCGUUACAAUAAUCGGUGCUUAUAACUAACUAUCGCAUGUGAUCUAAUUCCUAUUCACGAAACGGAAACGAAGAGGUUUAUUGGGUACAUUCACCAUCAUAAAUCUGCUUUUGAUAUCAGCGUAAUCGUAUUCAAUUCUGAAUUGUCGUACAAGCUGCAAAACGAGAUUAGAAUUAUAUCACGAUCGAAUGAUAAUGAUUGAUUAUAUUUAUAUACCUUCGCGGUCAGCAGCAUCAUUUUUGCUUCAGCCAUAUUUUUCCCUAAGCACGACCUUAUGCCGUGGCCAAAAGGUAAGUAGCUAAAGUGUACGUCCUCCUUGGAAGAAUUGGACAACCAUCUUUCCGGCCAGAACUUGAAUGGAUCUUCAAAGUUCUCCUCGCGUUGCGAGGUGAUUUGAUUCGCCAUUAUGACAAACGUCUGCGGAAAUUUUAUUUUUUCAAUAAAAUGGUAAUAAUUUUUAAUUCUAUUUUAUCUAUUUUAUCACACUUACCCCUUUAGGUAUUGUGUAUCCAUGAAGGGAUAUAGUUUUUGGUAAGAGUCUUGUGAUGUACGGAAUCGCGGGAUGCAAUCUUCGAAUCAAACGAUUUUAUAUUAAUGAUAUAAUUCUCACGUAUAAUAUUUGAAUUCAUCGUUAGCAAAACUACAAUACCUUAAAGUUUCCUGAAUGCAAGCUUUCAAAUACGGCAUAUUUUUCAAUGACUUCUCUGUGAAAGAAGAGUUAUCGUUUGACAGAACGGAUAUGAUUUCAUCGUAAACUUUCCUUUGAGUCCGAGGAUUCUUUGCCAAGUGAUAUAACAAAAAUGCCUCUGAAUUCACCGUCUGAAAAUCACACAAACGUGCAGCGUAAAAUUUGAUCGAAAUAUUCAUGCGUUCAACAUUAACGAUCUCUCACCGCUUGUAUACCCAAAAUGAUCAUAUCCAUCAGCAUCGUACAGAUAUCAUCCGGAUGAAUACCCUCGUUCAAGAGUAACUUUUCCAAAACGGGCGAACGUUCGGUCAUCGAACUUUCUUCGCUGUGAGAUUUUCGAAUUCGAAGUUUACACUGGGCUUGACGAACAUAUUUUCCUAUGACACUGAAGGAGAAGACAGAAUCAGAAGAAGUUGUUCGUGAAAAUCUAAAUCUUCGGAAAGAAGAUGGAUCUUACUUACUUAUCGAGCACGUCACAAGCCUCGAAAAGCUUUCUGGCGAACGGUGUCAAGAAGAAUCGCCAAACUUGAAAUCCAGUUUCACAGCGGCUCAUAUACUUGUGGGCCGUCGUCAACGCGUUUAUAAGUUUCGAUGCUUCGGACGAUGAAUUGUAACCUAUCGGCUCCAGAAAGCCUAGACGUUUGUUGAACGUUAGAUCGCAGAAACACUCCAUGGCCCAACGAAUCAAAUCCUCGUAAAAGCUAACGGGCACCUGUUCGCAUAAUUAACUCAUUGAAAUGACAGGUAAUCGAUGUCGCUUCAAAUUAAACAACGUUUAAUAAACGAACCUCAUUUUGUCUAUUGCGUAUUUUGCAUAUCCUAGUGAUAAGCUCGUUGCAGCACGUGUCGAUUUUAGUAAAAAACGUCGAGGAAAUUUGAUUGAACGUGUCUUCCACUUUGUCUCUGAUUUCCAACCAUUCUGUACCCUGCCUGAAUAUAAUUCAAUAAAUUAGAUAAUGGAUUUAAGUUUCGAUUUCGCGUAUCAUAUUUAUAUAAUUUUCCAGAUAUUUACUAACAUGGAGAACGGCCCUGCAAGACGAUAUUUACGAUAAUUCAACCGAUAAUGUUGCAAAAUAUCGAUCCCACUUCGUACAGGUGUAUCACCUUCCUGUUUAAAGACUUCAGCUAUGUGCUCGGGUCUACAGCAAGGAACAAGGGUAAUAGGCAAAGAUGUAAUUAGGCGAGAUUAUCGAAAAUUAUUACCUGGGAAAAGGUUACCUGUGAAUCAUGACAAUAUCUCCUGAAAGAGGUCCGUUAAUCCUCACGAUGCAACCAUAUUCGUUGAACAAGUAUUUUAAAGGUGUGAUAUUGCGAUUCCACGUUAAUCGUCCUGAAAAUGGCUCAAUUGAAAUUUAAUAAUUUAUCUUCACAAACAAAAAACAAAACUAUCUCAAACUAAACAAACGAGUUUCACGUGAUUCUUUUUUUUUCUUUUUCUUUUUCUUUUCCGAUUGUUUCAAAUCAAAAACGUAUGAAAAAUCGCGUAAUUCGAAAUCCGAAGAGCAAAUGAAAUUUUCUUCUUAACUUUUCUUUAUCGAUCGUUCUUUACGUGAUUUCUUUUUCCUUUCUUUCUUUCUUUUUUCAAACUUUUUCAUCCAUACUUUUUUUUUAUUAGAAAAAAGAUCGGGCUCUUCGCAUUUCUACCUAUCGAUACUUCAACAGAUCGUACCCUGGGUGAAUCUGUUGAUUAGCAGACUGGAAAGCAGUUGCGUACCGAGGAGCGGCACGUAUUUCCAAUAUUUCUCCCAGAUCUUAAGAAUCGCCGGUCCAGGGAUCUCGUCGAAGGGCAACGGCGCUUUGUCAAAGACCUGCGAAUCGACCUUCAUCGUGGAUACCUCGAACGUGGUCGGUGACACCUCGGUAGUCGCUGUAUGGUCCAACAGAGGAAUCGUGUCCGUUCGUAAUGAUUCGUCGACGGAAGCUGUUUGAGAUUCCGUCAUCGAUGCAGCUAAAAUUCGGGUGGGGGAGGGGAAGGAAAAGAAAGUUGAAUAACCUAAUAACAGUGGGCCGAAACAUACUUACAAAGAAUAUCGGAACUUUGAAGGUUCAAGCAUUUCUGUCCCUCGUUCGAGCCUAGAGACUUGGACAACUUCAUCACUGAGUAUUGUCGAGAAAUCGACAUUAAACUUGGCAACAAUCGUUGCAUUUUAAUCGGAGCUUAUUAGCCACAACGUUGCGUUUUGUACAAGAAAUAACAGUCUAGUUGCCCUGGUAACUGGUGGAAAAAAAUUAAAUAUCGCGUUUGCAAAUGGCGACGGGAUGCGCGAUCGAGACACGCGUGUCGAUUCCGAGGGGACAGAAGAGUGAAGUUGUUCACGUAUAUAAAUUUUAUUUAACGUACGAAUAUAUCGUUACAAAUUAGAAAACUAGACCGCGUCAAAUAUGGUCAAAAUGUACAUUUUCAAGGUUCACACAUCAACCUCGAUCUCGAUGUCCUCCUCGUCCUCCGAAGCAGUCUUUUCACUCUUCCCGUUAUCCUUUCCUAAUUUUCUAGACGAAUCCUUCUGAGAAUCAAGAUUCGACAAAGCGGCGCUUUCGCUCUCUUUCGUGUGUCGCCAUUUCAUUCGACGGUUUUGAAACCAUACUUUUACCUGUAGACGACACAACAUCGUUCCAAUUUUUCCCCCAAUUUCUUUUUCUUUUGUAUUUUGUAAUUUAAAAUUAUACUUGUGCAUCCGUAAGGCCAAGAGUGGCGGCAAGUUGCCUUCUAUCCGGUUUCGUGAUGUACUUUUGCAAGGAAAAUCUCCUCUCCAAUCCUUUUCGUUGCAAGGAACUGAACACAGCCCUCGACCACGAUCUCUUCCUUCUGGUAUUGGAUUCUGAUUGAUUGGUGGGUGUCGAGGUGGUGGACGAUAUCGGAACUGUAAAUGUUUAACAAUUAAAAAAAAAAAAAAAAAAGUAAAAGAACGAAAACACUGUGUAGAAAUUCGUAAGUAAACAGCGUAAGAUAGAUUUGAUUCGGUGAAACACAAGUUAGAGAAUUUGGACGCAAGUGGAAGAUUACAAAUUAGAGGGAGACGUGACACGAUGUAAACGGUAGUUCUUAGCUGGAUGGGUGUCUGUUUCAACAGAUCCUAUCCCGAACAAGAGGCCUCCAAGAUUGGGUACUUCUGGCUGAUUUACAACCCUACAGAAGUAUACAACAUGUGUACGAGUUUAAACAGUGCGGUUCUCUCUCCGGUUGGUACGGUCCUCGGCAUGAAUUGGACAGUCAGUAAGGUCAUACUUAUUUCUGGAACUUUAUAAUACCGUUUGAAAUUGCAACAUCUAUUGAUAAAUUCCAGCGAACUCUUUAAUCGUUAAUCGUUAAUUAUAUAUUUGAUUUGAAUUAAUUGGCUUUUUCCUCUUAAUUUUCUCUCGGAUGACUUUUUCCAUAUCGUUAUUUUUAUUACGGUAUAAACGGCUCAAAGAACGAAGGAGACUUUUUUUUUAACUAACCAAGAAGGGGGUAACGACGAAACCGCUGUUUACAUCGUCUAUAAACGAAUAGUGGCACUUAAGAUGUCGUUUAAACACGAACAGGAAACACGAGAAUACACUGGCGCGUAAAUAUUUUGCCCUACUUGCCGUCCCGAGUAUUCGGGAGACAAGACAGUGGUCCAUAUGGUCACAUUUGUUAAUGACGCAACCUUCAUGAGUCGGGGUUUUUAGACGAUUUCCGCUAAAAAGGUCAAAACGAUCGCAAACGAGGAACUCUCGAGUUAAUUAUCGAUUAACCAACGCUAUAAAUCUCUAUUAGUUUCGUUAUCAUGCUCGAACAUAUAUAUACAUAUAUAUACUGGACAGAAUUUGAUAUACUUUUAUUUAUCUUUUUCUAAUUCUCACCUCUGGGGACAGGUCGAAGCGGAGCCGGCCGAUAAAUAUUUGUAUAAUUUUCGAUGUUUCCGUGGUUGGUGCUUCCGUAACUUCCGGAAAUGGAAGUUUGAACGUAAGGAAACGAGGGACAAAUUCGAAGAGCUUCGCAUCUGACGCAACUUCCGGGACAAGGGCACCUCACCAUCGAAAAUUGUAUCGGAAGUGGCCUGAGUAUGUCUUUUGAAACACAUAUAUUCGAUCAGAGAAUUGUAGAUUUCGUUUUUACUUUUGUUUUGCUUUGUUUUCUUUCUUUUUUUUUUUUUUGGAAUCAAAUUGAUGGACGAAAAUAGAAAAAAUGAUUGAAGAUCGCAUUAAAUAGAUGUUUCCGAUAUUCUUACCUGUUUUCUUCGUGGAAAUUUCAUCCGACAAUAUCCGCUCCACUCCAAACUUCAAUUGUUUCGAACAAUUCGUACCAUCCACAACACGAGUUUUCACUUCGUUCAUUUUUCGUCU